AUGAAGGCCUCGCUCAUCGCGACGCUGAUGGCAGCAUUUGCUGUCCAAUCGACACUCGCCAACUUCUCUCUCUCCGCAAACACCGUGAAGGACGCCGUUGAGAUCCUCGGCGGGAAAGGCAAAGCAGACUGCUGGUACGGUGCUUCCCCCGACGGCAGGCUAUACCUGCUGGACGCCGACAGCGAAGUCGUCGAGAGCGUCGAGCUGACACACCACGCGCAAAAAGAGUGGGACGAGAAGACCAGCGGCCACGGGUCCGCCCGACGCAGGCGCGACCCGGGCGUCGAGAGCGCGGCCUCCCACCCGAGGCAGCUGUUCAAGGCCAAGCGGGCGGCCUGCGUCAAUGACGAGUGCGCUGGCAACGGAGAUUGCGACGACGACGUAUGCAACGGCUGCGGGAAGACUUUCGCCAACGAGGAGGGGAAGACGUUCUGCUUUAACAAGUACUAG